GCCCUGGGCGGUGCGGCCGCUGCCCAGUCCUUUCUCUGGCGGCUGAGGGACAUGGAGAUGCCCUUCUUUGGGGAGAGCCCAGGGAGCCAGGACGGCAGUCACAUACAUGGAGAAAAGAAAAGAAAGAGCGAGUCCAAGAAGAUACUGUGGCCGUAUCCAUGGGCAGCAAGGGCAUCUAGAUGAUGAUGGGCUACCACAUGGAUUCUGUACAAUAACCUAUUCAUCAACAGACAGAUUUGAAGGAAAUUUUGUGCAUGGAGAAAAAAAUGGCCGUGGCAAAUUCUGCUUUUUUGAUGGAAGCACCUUGGAGGGGUACUACGUUGAUGAUGCCCUGCAAGGCCAAGGAAUCUACACCUAUGAGGACGGAGUGGUCCUUCAUGGCACCUACGUGGAUGGAGAGCUGAAUGGCCCAGCCCAGGAGUAUGACAGUGAUGGGCGGCUGAUAUUCAAAGGGCAGUAUAAAGACAACAUCCGAUAUGGAGUCUGUUGGAUUUAUUACUCGGAUGGAGGCAGCCUUGUGGGAGAAGUGAAUGAAGAUGGAGAGAUGACUGGAGAGAAAAUAGCCUAUGUGUAUCCUGAUGGAAAGACUGCAUAUUUUGGAAGGUUCAUAGAUGGAGAAAUGAUAGAAGCAAAAUUGGCAACUCUGACAGCUGUUGAGGAUGGGAAACCUCAAUUUGAAGUUGUACCAGGCAGCCCAGUAUAUAGUUUUGACAAAUCUACUUCAUCCUGCAUUUCUACAAAUGCCCUUCUUCCUGAUCCUUAUGAAUCAGAGAGGGUGUAUGUGGAUGUCUCUCUCAUUUCCAGUGCUGGAGAAGGAUUGUUUUCAAAAAUAGCAGCAGAAGCUAGUACAGUGAUGUCCUUCUAUAAUGGAGUGCGAAUUACACACCAGGAGGUAGACAGCAGAGACUGGGCUCUCAAUGGAAAUACAAUAUCCCUGGAUGAUGAAACAGUCAUAGACGUGCCAGAGCCCUACAACCACGCUGCCAAGUACUGUGCCUCGCUGGGGCAUAAGGCCAACCAUUCCUUCACUCCUAACUGCACCUAUGAGCUGUUUGUUCAUCCUCGUUUUGGGCCCAUCAAGUGUAUCCGUACCAUCAGGGCUGUGGAGAAGGAUGAGGAAUUGACAGUGGCUUAUGGGUAUGAUCACAACCCUGUGGGGCAGAAUGGGCCUGAAGCACCAGAGUGGUACCAGCUGGAACUGAAGGCUUUCCAGGCUGCCCAGCAAAAGUGACAUGGGAGGGCCUUCUCCACUCAGCAAACUGAAACAGAAACUUGGAUCUAUGCACUACCUUUAUACUGAAAACUGGACAACCAGGGAUUGUUCAUGCUGUUGCAUCAUAACCUUGCAUUCUGUGUUAAGAGAUAAGUUCCUUGGAUACUAACUAGGUUUGACUGUGUUACUCAUAGCAGAUUUAAAAAUUAGCUAGCAUUGCACUUAUCUGAAGAAAUUAUUUAAUAUUCUAUACAAGAUGUGGUAUUCUUUGGUAGCUUCUGCUUUUGCACAUGCAAAGAUGCCAAAAGACUAGAAAGAAACUAAAAUGAGUGUAUCGUUCACUUUUAGUCGGCAGACUUAGUGUUGCUCUUUAUCUGCCUAGGCAUUAUUGUGCAACUGCAUUUUGCAUAUAUGCCACUUGUGAUUAUAACAGUAAUAUUUUGAUAUUCUCUAAUAGUAGCAUAAUUUUGCCUUUUUAAACCUUUGAUCUGAAUCUUGCAAUAGAGCAAUUUAUUUAUUAUUAUAUAGGAGGCUGGGUUUUAACUCCCCUUUCCUCUUGUCUGAACGUUGCUCUUUCUACAAAUCCUCUUUUGCAGGAGAAAAUCCUUUCUAACUAGUGGAAAGGCUUGUGUGUGUAUGUGAGAGUGCUGUGUGUUGGUCUCUGUGGCUCUAAAUAGUAUAGCAACAUGUCUGAACCUAAUCUUUAUCUAGCCUGUACGGCUGGCUUAUUUAAUUUAUUAUUAUGACAUGCAAAUGAAGCUAUUCUUUGCAUGAAGAUUUUGUGAAAAGGAGAAGACAGGUUUGCUGUUGAAAGACUUCCAGAAGUACAUGUUCUGGAAGGCAAGCACAUUAUUUGCAUCAGUGUUCAUAAGUUGGUUUGUGUAUUUCACGUAUUCAAGGGGCCAAUUCUCAAGGCAAAAGAUACUUGGAUCUCCUGUGGAUUCUCUGAAAGGAGGUGCAUGUAUUUGGGGGCAGACCUUGGUGAAGGAGAUCUGUAUCUUUUCUAUGUGUUCAUUUGACAGAACAACAUAGCCUUAUAGCCAUCUUUUAGUAGUUCUGGUUUAUGACACAGUGAAUUAAUAUAAUAUGAGGUAUCAAAAUAAGAUUUUUUUUUUUUAAAGAAAGAAAAGAUGUUAAAAGAUUGUCUUUGAAAAACAAACAAUGAAUGUAAAAACAUCACUUAAUGCUCGUAUUUAUAAACAGCAGUCAAUCCAUAGCUUCAUUGCAGCCAACAGUGGGGGCUUGUGAAUAUUCAUCUGCAGGGCUGUGUGCUGGGGUUUUUCAGGGGUAGGGAAAUUGUAUGGUUUUCAGAUGCUGUUCUGGUCUUGCCUAAUCCUGUAUAAGAGAGAAAUAAUGUUUUGUCUUGGUCUGGAUACUGGAGCCUUUCUGGGACUCUGAUGUUCUCUUUUGGGUUUGGCAGCUUAGGGGAAACUCAAAUGCAUUUGCAACAUUUUGUUUAAAUGUUUGUGGUUUUAAAAAGUUUGUAUAUAUGUAACAUAAAUGAUUUGAGAAUUAGACCUACCUUUCUACUGCAAUACAUUUUGGUUGUUUGCUUGAACUGUUGGAGGUGUCUGGGGUGCUGUGCAGGGAGAAUUUGUUUGGUACUUGCAGGUAGAAAGAUGAGGCUGCUGUUACGUUCAGUCUGAGAAUCCUUGCUUUGGUACCUGAGGAAAGUUAGGAGUUACUCAUAAGAACCUGGGGCUCUAACCUUGGGCUCUGUUUAGUCCCUGCACCGGCUCACAAGCAUUUUCCAUCACCUUAUCAUUUCAGUUUGCACAGAAGCUAGUCUGUGCAUGUGCUGGGGCAGGGGACAGGCAGGCUCAGGAUAUUGUGACACUCUUUCAGCAGUGAUCUGUACAUGAGCUGGGACACCUCCCAUCUCCUUGUGCUGGACACUCAGGUAGCAGCUCUGUGUCUCGUCUACAACAGAGGUGACAGCUCAGGGACUCACUUGAGUGUGCAGAGAUAGAGCUAACCACAGGUGAGGGAGAGGUGGCAAAGGUCAGUCAGCCACUCAGCUUCAGUAGAUGAUUCUCAAAAAGAAAUGCAUGACUUCAUCUUUCCCUACCUGCCUGUGGGUCGUUACUUUAGGUUAUCAACCACUUGCAGGAAAGGAGGGAGCUCUUAUGUGUAUCUUGGGGUUUAUUGUGCCGAGAUCAUGAAGUUUGCAAAGCUGAAGCUUGAGUUUAGGUGCAGGAAAGAGCAGAGGGAAGAUGUGACUGAACCCUGCUGGGAAUGGAUGGUAUCUCCUUCCACAAUAUUGAUAACCUGCUUUGGACUGCUGGUCUCUGUGCUCACUGGGGAAUUGUGUUUAAAAUGUGCUAAUAUCUAAAGCUCCUUUCCCUUCAUUUCUAAGCAGUCUCUGAUUCCUCUGCUAAUCUCCUCUUUGUGUGGAGUUGCUUACAUUUUAAUAGAUUUGUCAGUCUUCAUAUUGCCUGAUUUUGAGGUAAAUUGAAUAUAGGUGCUCUUUGUGCAUCAGGCUUGAAGAUUGUAUCCUAAAAUAGGGAAAUUAUAGGAAAAAAAAGGCAUUGAGAUGUGUCCUGUGUCUUUUCAAAAGAUUUGGUGAGUCUAGCAGAUUCUUCUGUACAUGUGUGUAGCCUGGUAGGUAGCAUGCCACAGCUGUGGCUGUUGUCUCUGUUACCUCUGCUGUCUUUCUCAGCUCUGUAAAAUCUGUUGGUCCUUCUGUAGCUCCCUUCUUAAGCAAUCAACCUUCUAUAAAAGUUGUGAUUAUGGAGUUGCUUUGGCUUGAUUCAGGACCAAGCCUUUUAACUCUUGGUUUCUCUCUCUUCCUAGUCUGUUAGAGUGGAGAUGGCUGAGAUGGCUUUUGCCACUGGGUGGUGAAAGAGCUCAGUGUCCUUCAGAGGUAUGAGUUGACAUCCCGUGCUUCAAACACAGGUUAGUUAUAGAACUCCAGAUAAAUGCCUUAACACGUUAGUGUGUUUCUGGAACUCACCUAGAGAGCAGGACCAGCUUCACAAAGCUCCUUAUUGGUAGUGUGAUGGCAUAUCCAUAGACAAAAGACCCACACCCAACCAUGGUUUUCAUUUGGGGCAGAUAAAGCAUCACCUUGCACAGCAGUCUUCUCAGGUCUGUAGAAUGCAGCUGACUACUGGUGAGAAUGCAAUAAGUAAAGGAGCUCCACUUCUUACAGUCUGGCCAAAGACCUUUCCUAUUGGCACAGAAGCUGGGAGGAGAGCUGGUGACUGUCAGCUGAGCCUGAGUGAGUGGUUGGCUCUCAGCAUGCCCAUUGUGACUAUAGAGUAGCAUAGGAAAAACCUGGAAUUGUUGCAUUUUUCAGGUACAGAUCAGUUCCCAAUAUCUGCCUUUGGUCUGCAGUACUGCACAUGGCUUCUCUGUCAGUUACUUGAGCUCCUGUAUGAGAAGCCUGUAUCACUCUCUAUUAGGAGGCUGCUGAUCAUCUCUUCAAAAAACAGACUCUGAACUGAAUCUUCUUGCAAUGGCAGCACAGGGUUUUGUCACCAAAAAUAUAGAAGCUUUGUUUUCUGGAAGUGGCUACUCUUGGAGAGCCAGAAAAGUUGCAGCUGAGAGCUGCCUGCUGCUGAGGUCACUCCACUGGAUAAGAAGGAAAAGGAAAAGGGCUUAGGCCAUGGAGGGGGUCUGAAGUUGAGUCUUGUGCUGUAAUUUUACUUUUGGGGGAUCCUGAUUUUCUUUUAACAAACCUGAAAAGGAUUUUUUUUCCUUGUUUUGUAAUAGUGAUUAUAAAAAAACUUCCCUACAUAAAUACCUGUAAAUCUUGACUGCUGAAAAAGUAAAAGGAAAUACAUGGACGUGGCAUUUCACCUGUGAGAGCUUUUUGACUUUUUCCAUAGUUGCCACGAUACCUCCUAGUAUGAUCCAUGCUUUUUAUCAGGUGAAGCUCCUGGGGAGGUUUUUGGGAGCUUUGGGAGGCCAUGGGGUGAGGCUGUGUGUUUUGGGAGCAACUAGGCAGGCUUCUCCUUGGCACAGCCUUUCCAGAUACAGAAGUGUUACACACAGAUGGCAGUGGGUUUUUGCCCAGGGUCUUGUAGCAUGGGGAUUUCUCACCCUCUGUCAGGCACUGGAGGAGCAGAGUAGCCAACAUAUCCUGUAUGGUAAGAGAAACUCAGAAAUUAUGGAAAUUGCCACUUUUUUGUUUCCUUCCCAGUCUGCCCUUGUCCUCCAGUCAAACCCUUGCUCCCCACCUGGGUUGUGCCAGCGGUAUAGCUUCUGUCCCAGAGACCUCUGAUUUGUGUCCUUUCACUCAAUUUGAUGGUCUCUUGGAAAACACUGUCAUUGUGAUGAGGCAACAUUACACAAAGCCAAGUAUCUGCUGCUGUGUUCUCCUGUGGGCCGGCAGAAUUCCUGGAGCUGUGGGUGCCUGAGGACCUCACUUCCAAGCACUAAAAAAAGCCAAACUGCUUUAGAAACAAUGGCACUGAAGUAUCUCCUUACAUGCAAGGGUGCUGCUUGCGCCUCAGUUCCACUGCACUGCUAUGUGCCAAAAGCAUCUAAGCGAGGAAAGCAGGCAUGGGAGCAGCUUCAUCUGUGAGUGGAAAUGGGCUUCACCUGCAGUGAACUUGUUCCUUUUGCUUCAUGUAAUGGAAACAGGAGAACUAUAUUUUUGGACAAAGAAUUUCUAAACAAUCUUAUAAGGGAUUUUUUUUUAAAGAGGAAAAACAAAGGUGCAAGAUUAAAUGUAUGUUUACUUGCCCCAGAUCAAAGGUUUUGAACACUAAGAUCACUCUCUUUUGAAUGGACCCUCCUGUGUCUUCAGGCAUUGGAACUUCCUGCCCUUUUUCUGUUUACCAUUUUAUUUUAACUCUCUUGUUUUCCCCUAGGAGAAAUAUCUAUACAAAAAUUACAAGCAAUUAAAUAUUCAAGCCAUAAAAUCAUGAGUGUGGGAAUACCUGCUUCACAAAUUUUAACAUUUGUAUGUAAAAUGAUGUUUGUAUGAAAUAUUUUCAUGAAUGAAUAUUUAAACAAAAAAGUUCCAGUAAAAUCUAAACCAGAUUUAAAGGGAUGUCUUUUUGUAAGAUGCACGUGUAAUUGAAUACCAGUAAGUAGAUAAUUUUUUUAUUUUUUUUUCUAAGGGGAGAUGCGACAAAUGAUCCUUACAAUUACAAAUUAUCAUUUCUUCUAUUUGGGGAAAUAUUUAUGCAGCAUUACAUGCAGCCACCAUAAAUAACUGCAAUAGCAAGGCUAGUCACAUUUUCAAGACGUACCUCUUAGCUUAUCUCUUCAUGAUAUCGUACAAAUGAACCAUCCCUCCUUUCUGUAGAUUCCUUUCUAGAAAACUUUUCCUACCGCAUAUGUAACAAAUUUAACACUAAGAACCAGACUAAAAUUGUAUUACUUAACGGUUUCUGCUGGGCCUUCUGCUGUUUUAAUACUCUUUAGCCCAUAAUUACUGGGUGUCUCUGUUCUGAAGAACUAAGUGCUAAAGAAUAAUCUUUGGGGUAAGCUAAUACAUGUGUUAACAGUUAACCCCAGAGUAUUUAACUUGUGUACAGUACUUGAUAGGUGUUUUAUGACAUUUGUACUCGAACUAUGAGCCUUACUGAACAUCUGUAAGUUUAUUCAUGACUUUUAAAAAAUGGAUAACUCUUAAGAAAGAUGUUUACAUGAAUGAUGAAUGCCCUUCCUUUGAUGUUAUGAAUGAGGUUUUUAUAGUGUGUCUGGGCGUAUGUGCAAGGAAGCAAGAAAAGUGUUUCUGGUGAAAAACAGACUUGACAAACAUUUGUAAUAAGUGAUUUUAAAAAUUGCUUUAAUUGCGCUAUGAAGGCAAUGCAAAAAUAAAAUACUCAACACAAA